AUGACGGCACGCAACGUCGACGAGAUCUUCAACGUCCAGGCCCUCGAGCCCAGGAACCUCCAUCCUUCUGCCCGCCGCCUCAGGGCGCGAAAGUUCAAAAACCGUCUCCUUGGACGACAAGACAAGGGGAAAGAGCGCGUACCACCCGACCCUGAAGGUGUGCGCAGCGACUUUGCUGCUCUCGAUGAAGCCGCUGCUCGCAGUGAAUACCCACCACUUGUGAUUCACCGUAACUUAUGGGGAGAUCCUUUAUAUACCGAUCCCGAACUCGACUAUAAAGACUCUCCGCCUCCUCCCCCGUCGUCGCCAGCUUCGUCAUCCACCAGCUCCGACCCUGCCAUUGUGGUUUAG